AUGAUGUAUAAAAUAUCCGCAUUUUUCGCUGUAGCACCUUUCUACGAUUUCCAACAAAAACGCCUAAUCCACGCAAAACUCAACUUACUCGUAAUACUUCUAACACUCCUCUACCCUUUAGGAUCAAUAGUUUUGAUGAUCCUUUAUCAGGAUUUCUUAGAAAAGAAAGAAACCACCUCGCUAUUCAUAACCGAGACCAUGAGUUACGUUAGUUACAUAACCGUACCUUUCGUAACAUCUCUCAGUUUGCUGUUCAAAAAAAAUCACUGGGUGGAAUUCAUGCUGAAAAUGAAGGAGAUGCGCGUCAAAAUGAAGCUGAACUCGAAACGGGCGUAUUUUUCCAAAAAAGUACUGCUCGUUGUAUUCUUUUUGCAUCUCGUAGAAUGCGCCAACAUCGGCACUCAUUUAACUCUCGAUAGCAAAGACGUGCUACUCACCACGUACUUUUACUUGUACGAAACAGGAUUGCUCUACAUAAUCCUGUUGUUUUUCUCCAUCAACAGAGUCCUGCAGGUGUCUUAUAAAGAUCUCGACGAUAAAUUCAAAGAGAUCAAUCGAAUUGGCUCGGAACACUCGUUUUGCACGGACAAUUCCGAUGCUAGGAUCAUCGCGAAAUUGCGGGAAUGUUUCUACAUUUACGUGGAUUUGCAUGGUUUCGUUAAAGACGUCAACUGUCUCUUCGGUUGGAUUGUAAUGGUCAUUUUUAUUUACGCCCUAACGAAUUCAGUCGAUAUAUUAAAUUGGUACGUCAACGGAGCAGACAUUCUCAAUGCAGAUCUACUAGAUUUAAUUGUUACUAUAAUAUUUACGAUGUCCGUAAUAAUAUCCUGCAAUCAAACGACCAAUCAAGGGAAACAUUUCAUACGAAUCGCCUAUCUUAUGGAAGAACAUUACACAAUCAACUCCCCGAUUCGAUUGGAACUUAUCAAAAUAGCGGAAUUGGCCGAGAAUUACCUACCCAAAUACAUAAUACUCGGAUUAGUCGACGUCACAGCGAGCACCAUUAUAUCCUUAAUAACAACUCUAUCCACUUACUUGUUAAUAGUCAUACAAUUCAAUCUAUCGUAA